AUGCUUUCCACUCCCCACGAAGUGCCCUCGGCAUCUGAACCAAGCACAUCUGUACCCCAAGCCAACGCCGAGAUCGUUAUUAACGCGGUCGGUCCAAUUACGAUCGAUGAUUUUAGCGACGACACCAAUAGUCAAUUCGACGAUGAGCUGUCUGAUCUUACUUCCCUGUCGGAGAGCGUACUCGAAUUUGAGUAUGAGAAUGGUCGACGGAUGCCAAAUGACGAAGAGGAGCAGGAUCGAAUGGACAUAACACACCACAUGUCGGUGAAGCGACGCAUUCCUGGGGAGCUCUAUAAUGCGCCUCUCAUCUCAUCGCCACAGAACAUUCUUGACCUGGGAACCGGAACAGGUAUUUGGGUUAUGGACAUUGCCGAGUACCUGAAAUACUCCAUCCUCCAUUUUUGUAUACCAGGAAGACUCACCCCAGAUAUUAGAAAAUUCCCUAACGCCAAAGUCAUUGGGAAUGACAUCAGCCCUAUUCAGCCUAGUUGGGUGGCCCCGAAUAUCGAGUUCAUCGUGGAGGACUUUGAAAGCGAAUGGGUGUAUGAACGAAACCACUUCGACUUUAUCCAUGCACGAUGCCUGGCAGGAUGCGUGGCCGACUGGCCCAGGUUUAUCAGCCGGAUAUAUGACCACGUCAAACCCGGCGGCUACUUUGAAUCGCACGAGAGUGCCGUGUGGGCCCGGAGCGACGAUGGCUCCCUCAAGAAAAACUCGGCGCUGAUGGAAUGGCAGCAGGCCGUCAAUUUCGCCGGGGAAAAGAGCGGCCGGGAGCUGAACAUCUACCAUAAGCUGGAGAACUGGAUGAUUGAGGCCGGCUUUGAGGAUGUUAGCUUGUCGGUCUACACGCUGCCUUUUUCACCCUGGCCGCGAGAUCCGUAUUUGAAGACCCUGGGGAAGUAUCAGGCAGUUCAGUUGCAGCAGGCCAUCGAUUCCUAUUCGCUGCGCUUGUACACGCAGGUGCUGGGCUGGGGUUCGGAUGCGGCCAAGAUUCAUAAUGCGGUGGUCAAGCAGGAGCUGCGGGAUAAGAGGCUGCACGCCUAUGUUCAAACGUAUAGUCCAACCCAUUCCCCUCGAUGGCCUGAAUACUCGUACUAA